AUGUUUGAUGUUCCUACACCUGUGACACCAGUACCAUCUGUUUCUACUAUGACUUCUACACCUGAAAAGAAUUCGACUACUGAAAGCUCAGAUACAAGACCAACAAGUCUGGAAGUACAAAGAACGAAGCUUUAUCCAAAAAGAAACCAUCAGAUUCAAAAUCUGGUGAAACCUUCUACUUCCACCAACUCUGAUACCGAUACUGAUACUGAUAAAGAAGACUCUUCAACCACUAAUAGUACUUUAUCAGAUACAAGUGAUGAUACAACAAUCAAAGAUAAAUCAAAUCCAACUCAUUUCAAGAAGAAUGGAACUGAAAAAUAUGAUGGCACUUCUAGUGCCUCGCAAAGUUUGGUUUCAAUCACUAUGAUCUUAUCGAGUUUUUAA